AUGAAAACAAACAGAGCUGCUGGUAUCGGCUACGGGUCUAGAGAUAUUUUUAAGAAUAGAGUUGACUCCCCUUCACCCACAAACUAUGAAGCCAAGUCCAUAUUUUCAAAAACAGCUUCAUCAAAAGCUUUUAGUUUUGGAAUCGCCAGAGAAGCCUAUAGCAAAGUCUACAUCAAGGAAAACCCCCUAGCUGAUUAGUGUGUGCCUGGCCCAGGCUAGUACUCUAUUCCCCCUAUUGUUGGAAAGGAGGCAGUCCACUACACAAUGAGACCAAAGACUUAAAAUCUCCAAUAAAGUCUAUUGUAUAAAGGAUAGCCUGGUCCAGGACAGUAUGAACCUAAGCCUGCUCUUAAUGAUAAGGGAUACUAUUUCAACUCUAAAUUCAAGAACUCUUCAGCCACCUCAAUCGAUCCUCCCUCAUCUUUGAGGUUCAAGGAAUUUACUAGUAUAAAAGCAAACCCAGGACCAGGGGCUUAUGAACCACAUGUAAAUAUGACACAGACAGGCUCAUACUUCGUCUCUAAGUUUAUGAGUUCAAUGUGCAGGACUCACUAUCAUGCCGACAGACAGACACUAGGCUCCUUCGCUAAUUUGAAGACUCCAGGUCCUGGAAACUACAGAGCACCAAGUGAUUUCGGAUACUAUGAGGCAAAAAAGAAGUUCCAAAUGUCCGCUUCAACUCCCAAUCUCGGAUCUAUGUUGAGAAGCGCAAGCCAGCCUGGCCUUCAUAAUGAUAAGAAAAAUGAGUUGUGA